AUGAAGAUUCCUUGGAUAGUUGGAGGUGAUUUUAAUGCGGUGUUGAAUCCGGAAGAGAGGCUUGAAUAUCGAGGAAAUGCAAAUGAAUUGAUUCCUUUUCAGACCUGUGUGAAUAAAUGUGGUUUAGAAGACGUGAAAUACAAUGGCAGAUUCUUCACGUGGAAUAACAAACAAGAUGGUAAAAAUCGAGUUUAUGCUAAACUCGACAGAUUUUUAGCUACCUCGGAUUGGAUAGACACAUAUUCCACUGCUGAAGUCUCUUUUCUUCCUGAAGGAGACUUUGACCAUUCCCCGGCUCUUUUUACAUUUUGGCAGGAAAAAGUUGCUGGUUCUCAUAUGUAUCAGCUGGUGUUUCUUUUAAAACAGCUCAAAUCUGGCUUGAAGAGUUUGAAUAGGCAAGGCAGGGGUGAUGUAGAGCUUCAAGAGAAGGAGGCCUACCAGCAUUUGUUAAAUAUUCAGCAGCAAUUACAGCUUGAUCCUAGUAAUAGUGAGCUGAUUUUGGCAGAAAUAAAGAGUAGAAAAGAUUUUUCAGUAGCUCACAAGAAUUAUAUCCAAUACCUUAGCCAAAAAGCUAAAGUAGAUUGGAUAAAGUCCGGGGAUGAGAAUACUAAAAUGUUCCACACUAGCUUGAAAGUGAGAAGACAACAGAACACAAUUUAUUCUAUCCGGGACCAGAAUGGAAAUUGGGUGGACAAUCAAGAAGGAGUCAUUAAAGCUUUCCUUGAGUUUUAUGAUUCCUUGCUUGGUACUAAAAUUGAAGGUCGAACAAGGGUGCAUAAAAGAAUUGUCCAGGAGGGAACUUUGAUUAGUCAAAGCCAAGCAAAUUGGCUAGUUCGAGAUUAUACUGGUGAAGAGGUAGAAGCAGCUCUGAAGUCCAUUCCUAAUGAUAAAGCUCCAGGUCCUGAUGGAUAUAACAGUACCUUCUUUAAAGAUACUUGGGAGAUAACUGGUAAGGAGGUUAAAGAGGCCAUUUUAUCUUUUCUUAACACAGGGAAGCUUCUAAAAGAAAUUAAUGCUACCACAGUGACUUUGGUGCCCAAGUCUAUUUGUCCCGAAUUAGUUAGUGACUAUAGACCUAUUGCGUGUUGCAAUGUGAUCUAUAAAAUAGCCACUAAGAUGAUUUGUAACAGACUUAGAGAUAUUCUUCCUGACAUCAUUUCGGAAAACCAAAGUGGUUUUGUGAAAGGAAGGAAAAUUGCUCACAACAUCAUGAUUUGCCAAGAUAUGGUUCGGGGUUAUGAUAGAAGGAGUGCUAAGUCGGCUUGCCUUUUCAAGAUUGAUCUUCAAAAAGCUUAUGAUACUCUUGAUUGGGAUUUUCUUAAAGAAAUGUUAGAAGCUUUGAACUUUCCCCAAAAAUUUGUGGAGUUGAUCAUGAUUUGUGUAACUACUCCUCGGUUCUCUUUUUGCAUUAAUGGAGCUUUACAUGGGUAUCUUCAAUCCAAGAGGGGUUUGAGACAGGGAGAUCCUAUGUCGCCUCUUCAUUUUUAUCUGUCUCGGAUCUUAAAAAAGAUAACAAAAGACAGCAAAUUUCAAUUCCACCCGAGAUGUAAGAGUUUGGCUCUUACUCACCUUUGUUUUGCUGAUGAUCUUCUUUUGUUUUGUAAAGGAGAUUAUGUUUCAGCAACCCUGUUGCUAAGGGGCUUCAAGUUGUUUUCGAAUUCUUCUGGCCUUAAAGCGAAUCUUGGGAAAUCCGCAGUGUAUGGAGCAGGUAUGGACACUUAUUCUUUUGAUAGAAUAGUGGAUAUUUCCGGUUAUCAAAAGAGUUUGCUGCCUUUUAAAUACUUGGGUAUGCAAAUCUGUUCGAAAAUGAUUACAAGGGCUGACUGUGAUUGCUUAGUUGAUAAAAUGACCAAAAGAAUUAAGGUUUGGAGCAGUAGAAAUCUUUCUUAUGCUGGCAGGAUGGUAUUGAUUAAUUUUGUUUUGCUUACCAUAAAUUCUUUUUGGUCUCAAAUUGUUAUCCUUCCUAAGAUGGUUGUUCAAAAGAUUAACCAAGUGUGUCGAGCCUUUCUUUGGAAGGGUAGUGAGAUGCUUAAUGGCCCGGGUAAUGACUCUUGGGAGGAUGUUUGUAAGGAAAAAAAAGAAGGAGGUUUGGGGUUUAAAGAUAUAGCUAUGUGGAAUCUUUGUGCUAUAGGUAAACAUGUUUGGGAUGUCACCAAGAAGAAGGAUAACUUGUGGGUUAAGUGGGUGAAUUCCGUCUAUAUUAAACAUGAUGAUUGGUGGAACCAUAUAGCUCCAAAUGAUGCAAGUUGGUAUUGGAAGCGUAUUGUGCAAACUAAAGAAAAAAUUAGGAAUAUGUUUACUCAAACAGAAUUUCAGCUCUUCAAAUUCUCCAUCCAGGGUCUUUGUAACAAGAUGCAGUCUAUUCAGUUAGAAAGGUGGAAGUACUUCUUGAUUUAG